AUGUAUCAUGAGAACCCAUCAGCUGAGGCAGUGUCUGUUGCGAUGCCCUCAUCAACUACAAUAAAAAAAUCGCAGAUGGCUUUCCGCACCUUGAUACCUGUGUAUCUACCAAAACGUGGUGGUGCAACAGUGGCAGUACAAGCUAAUCAAAAAAAACGAGAAAUACGUGGAAAACGUGAAUAUUCUGAUCAUCCAAAAACUAAUUGUACACCGCAAGAACAAGAGGCGACAGCCACUCAGGUGAGGUUACGGAGUAGAAAUUGUUAAACUAGUUGACUUCAGAGAUAUUGCACGAGUUCGCAGCUUGUUACAGAAGCCAAAACGUGAAAAAAUUGAAGACCGCUUUCUUAUGUUUUCACUCUAUUCUCCAUCCAAUCUUAGAAAUACGAAAAGCUCAUACCCAAAAAUGGCUGAAUUAUAAAAGGUUUGCGAACUGCUCAAGAAAUCGACGAUAAAUCAAUUUCUCAGUAUUUUGAGAUUAUUGCUAUAAACUAUUUAUUAACUAAAAUACUUCAGGAUAUCUGCACUAAAUCAGACAAACCACUAUACAGAUACAGAUAAAGUAAUCACAUAGUUGAAAAGAAAAUCCAUCAAAGUGAGCAAGAAGAACGAAACAGGGAAAACUAAAGCAUGUUAAGAUGUUGGUGGCAGAUGUUUCAGAAAUGACCUUAUGAUUUUACGAGGGCUGCGCGAUUACAAUUACAAAAUGUAAAGUUCAUACAUUGCUAUUAUCUGUAGAAUUAAGAAUUCUAGAAUUCUGAACUUUACAUACAUGUAAAGUUGCUUAUUCACACUCAUCCUCACCC